UGCCAAAAUGUGUUUUUGCAAAAAAAAAAAAUUCAAUAAGAAAUAAUUAAUUAAUUAAAACGAGUACAUACACUGAGUUAUUGUAAAUAAUAUACAGAUAAGGAAAGAAGUCAUUGCUGCUGAUAUUCAGUCGUGUUUUUUAUAAAAAUUAAAAUAAAUAUAAGUUUUGCCGUAUUGCAGAAAAUCUUCCGAUUUUUUCUUCAAAAGUAACUUGCAUCUAGCAUAAUGAUAGAUAUUUUGAAAUGAAAUAGAUUGUAAUCAAUACAUGGAAACGGGGAUGACGAAUUAAAACAAUCAAUAAUUUAAAAAUUAUUCAAAAGCAAGAAUACCAAAUUAUAAUAAAAAUAGCAACACACAAACGCACGCGACACAUAUAAUUAAGUUACAACAAUAUAAUAAAAUCAAUGGUGAAAUUAGAAUAGAGAAACCAACAUAAAAAAAUAUAUACAUUAUAUCGAAAUACAUACAAUAACAAACUUGUGUCGAAGCUACAUAAAUAUAACAAGUUGACCAUCAGAUCUAAUAUUUGAAAAUCAAGCAAUGACUAGCAUUUGGAUCAGUAUUCGGAAGUUGUUCGGACGAAAAAAUAUGAAUAAAGCAAGAAAUGCUUUUGUGCUUGUGAUAUCAUUCUGUCUCUUUGGAAUGUACCUUCUUUGGUCUUCAUCUGCCGAUCGAUUUCUCAAGGAGUAUACAACGUAUCCCGAAGUUAACGACACCAUGGUAGUUUGUAGCACACAUUUUGAAGAAAAAAGAAAGUAUUUCAAUGAUAUAGAUUCAAAUACUCCUCAUAUGGAUAGCAACAAUGUUCCCAUAAUUUAUUUUGUUACUCCUACGUAUCCACGUCGAGAACAAAUUCCUGAAUUAACGAGGCUUGCACAAACAUUAUUGCAUAUAAGAAAUCUUCAUUGGAUUGUAGCUGAUGACACGGACAUUUGUAAUAAUUUUUUAGAUCACAUCUUGAAUCGGUUUGGUAUUCCAUACACUCAUAUUGCUAGUCCGAUGCCGGAUCACUAUAGAACAAUAAAAGGUCCAGCUCCAAGGGGUGUUGCUAAUCGCCGAGCCGCUCUGAAUUGGAUUAGAAGUAAUAAUAAACGAAAUGGUGUGCUUUAUUUUGGGGACGAUGACAAUACAUUUGAUUUACGAUUGUUCAAUGAGAUUAGAAGUACUAAAUAUGUCUCAAUGUUUCCUGUUGGUCUAAUUGGGCAAUACGCAAUAAGCUCCCCAAUUGUAAAGAAAGGAAAAAUUAUUGGAUUUUUCGAUUCUUGGCCAGCAAAAAGAUUGUGGCCUGUGGAUAUGGCUGGAUUUGCUAUAAAUUUGGAUGUUCUCUUCCAAAAUCCGAACGCAACGAUGCCCUACAAAGCAGGGUAUGAGGAAGAUGAAUUUCUCAAAAGCAUAGACUUAAAAAUUGAAAAUAUCGAGCCUAAAGCAAAAAACUGUACAGAAGUCUUGGUGUGGCAUACUCAGACUAAAAAUUCAAAUAUCCCUACAAUUAAAAUAAGUACGAGUGUCUUGGAGACAGAUAAUACAAGCUUAGGUGUUCUUUUAAGAGAACUUGAGCUAAUGGGUGUGAGCCAUACUAGUCAAAGUACAGGUGUCAAAGCAACAAUGACAAAGGACUGUAAAACAAAGUCACUUUCAUCAUGGUUUUAAAACCUUUUCAUUUAAUGAAAUCUGAUAAACAGCACAAAGCGUACUAAAUUCAAAUACUUCUUUUUACAUGAUAUUAUUAAUAUUGCUAAAGAUAUUCGUGAAAUGAUCUAGCCUUUUAAGAUUCAGUUGUGAUCUCUAAAAAUAUUUCUGCCUAGAAUUAUCACCAAAUUUAUAUUAUUUCAGAGGACGUGCUGAUUCUGUUUUACAAACUUAAGAAAAGGGAAUUUUUAUAUUCUUAAGUUUGUUCAUAAAAGAUUCAUGCACAAACACUCAAAGUUAUUUUACUAUUUAUGAAAACUACGAACAACUAUGUAAAAUAAAAUGUGAUAAUUAAAAAAAUAAACAUUAGUGCAUUAGGUAAAAAUAAAAAUGAUAAAUACAAAAGAAAUUUUUAAAAUAAAUUUGGAAGAUAUAAUUAAGUACUUACGAUAUUGAGGAAUAAAAAUAUUUUAAAUAUUUUCAAACUUCAAAAAUUCAAAUCAAUCACGCACUUUGUAAUUUACGAAUUCACUAUAUUAAAUACAAAAAAUAGCCAUAUGAACACAUACUAGGUAUUAAAAUUAUUUUAGUGUUAUUUGUUAGGAGACAUAAAUAAAUCGGGAAUUUGCCAAAGAAAGACAUUCUGGCCUAUUAUUAUAAUUAUUAUUUUAUUAAACAAUAACAAUCGAAUGCACAAUUUUACAAAUCUCUGUACAUGUUUUGGUUAAUAGAAGAAAAUUUGCGCGUCUUCCACUUUUGAUGUUUUUUUUAAAUUAUAACAAAAUAAAAUUCAUUCAUUUAACACUUUAUGUUUGACCUG